UGUCGUGUUUCGACAUUAUUUUAGUUUUUACGAUUGCCACUUCGUCUUCCCAAGUAUUACCAUGAAAUGAUCAACAGUCGUGUAAAAAUUAUUCCCUCGACAAGAAUGGCUACGGUGCGUUUCCAGAAGUAAAACCAAGCAGAUCCAGAGGACGGAACAAAUAAUUCUUUUCCCGGAAGUCUUUGUUCUACCCGGUAUUAUUUUGGGUGAAAACUCUGACCAUUCCGACAGUUAUGGCGGUUCCUGGCCCGAAUAAGGACAGUAUCAGAGCUGGAUGCAAGAAAUGCGGAUAUCCUGGCCACUUGACCUUCGAGUGCCGAAAUUUUGUGAGAGUUGACCCCCAGAAAGACAUAGUUCUGGAUGUAAGUAGCACCAGCACUGAGGAAAGUGAAGAGGAAGUCCUGGGUCGAAGCGGGCAAAGUCGCAGAGACUCUCCUAAUGAUGACCAUAGAAAAGCGAGGCAUAAGCAGAAGAGGAACAAAGAAAGAAAAUCAAGAAAAAGAUAUUCCUCACCAUCAAGUGAUGAAGAGCCUACCAGGAAAAAAAAGAAACGCAGCAGGUCCCUCUCCAGGUCUGAUGACGAGACCCGCCGAAAGAAAAAGAAACUUAAAAGUCACAAGAAGAAAAGCAAGAAGAACAAACGGGAGCAUGGAAAGCAUAAAAAGAGACAAACAAAGAAAAAACAGGAAAGCUCCUCUUCCUCCUCCAGCUCAAGUGAAUCAGACAGUGACUGAACUUUAUCCAGGGGUCCAUUUUUUCCAUUCCAUUGAGUUUUCUUGACAAAAUACAAAAAUUACUUUGUUAAAAUGAACUGUUCCUCGGUGGAGGGGUGUAGUUUUGGGAGAGCUACUUGAAAAGAGCGGCGGCCUUUCCACACUUGUGGAAACAUUUUGGGUUGUUUAGGAAAGGUGUAAAGUACAAAGGAAUUUGCCAAAAAGUGAUAAAUCAGGUCUUCUCUUUUAACUGUAGGUUUUUAGAACAAAUACCAAAUAAGGUUAUCUAAUGGUUAGAGGUCAUGACUGGUUAUAUGAUACCUCAAUACUCAAAGAAGCAACCUUUUCACUUUUAAUUCUUUUUCAGAACAGCCAAUUCCUGAGUAACUUUGAUGUUAAUUUUACAUGUCUGAUUGAUGAUCUUUUGUCAGUUUAUGACAGCUAUUAUUGAUCUUUGAAAGAUAACCAAGAAAAAUAAAUAUACACGCACCCUUGCUUUUGUGGAAUUUAAAAUCAUAGCAAAUGUCGUCCUAUCUUAAUUGUGCACAAAAUAACAAAAUGUUAAUCUAAAAUCUUGAUCCUGAGUGACUCAGUCAAUGAUCAUUGUACUUAAAACAAAUGUGUAAUCUGUUAUUGUUUUAUUAACAAUCACAGGUAAUAUGCAUGCAGUAUUUGACCUAAUACAAGGAUGCACAAAGGAAAACUUUGGCGGUGAAACAGAAUACUUUCCUGUAGAUGGCAGCAGCAUGCAAUUAUACGUACAGUCUUAUCACAUAAUGGCAAUUUCUGAAGGCUCAUUUGAAUAGUCUUGCUUUUUUAAAGUAUGUACCAGCUUAUAAACAAAUGGGGUUUUGUGUCUCAGUAGAACUUUAAUUAUCCCACUCACUUCUUUCAGUGUGGACUUCUGUAACAUACAGUGGGGCAAAAAGGUUUUUUCCAGCCACCAAUUAGGCAAGUUAAACUUAAAAACUUAAACUUAAGUCUUUAAGUUUAGACCAACUUAAAAAGGUCAGAGAGGCCUCUAAUAUUCCUCAUUUAGAUACAAUAGCUAACCUCUGAGAGGCAAAAUGGGAAUUAUCUGAUUUUUUUUUAAUGAAUUAAUUGGUGAAUUAUUCUGUAAAAUAAGUACUGUAUUUGGUAAAUUCCUCAGUAAAAUAAGUACUCACUUACAAACAAGAUUCCGUUCUCCCACAGACCUGUAACCUCUUAUGAAAGAGGCUCUUUUGUCUUCCACUCGUGACCUGUAUUAAUGGAACCUGUUUGAACUCAUCAGUAUAAAAGACACAUGUCCAAAUGCUCAAACAGUCGCACUCCAAACUUCACUAUGGUCAAGAUCAAAGAUCUUUCAAAGGACAAAAUGACCUGUAGAGAGCUAGGAUCAAAUUAACAAAGUACGCCGGAAGGGAACUCAAAUCCUCCUGUCCCAGGCGUGCCCCCCUGCUUAAGCUAGUACACGUCCAGGCCUGUCUGUAUAUGGUUAUAUGAAAUUAACAUAGAACCUUUUGGUAAGAUCUCAACUUUUUGUUAAAACUCAACUUGUGUUUUGAGGAGAGAAUGGUGAGUUUCAUCCAAAGAACACCAUACCUACUGUGAAACAUGCGAGUGAAACCAUAAUGGUGUCGGGCUGGUUUUCUGCGACUGAUUCAUGUAAAGAAAAGAAUGAAAGGGCCAAGUAUUGUGAGUUUUUAAGUGAAAACCAACUUUCAUCAGCAAAAGCACUGAAGAUGAAACGUUGCUGGGUCUUUCAGCAUGACAGUGAUCACACCCACCAUUAUUCAAGCAUUUCCGGGACCUGGAUUUACAUUUGGAGAAAAUUACAGGCCUCUCAUCUUUUUAAGUGGGAUAACUGACUUAAAACAUUUUUGCUCCACUAUAUGCUUCUGUUUUACUCAAUAUAAGACAACAGACGUACCGAGAACACGCGAACGCCACACAGGAAAGAUGGAGCCCAACCUCGGAACUUUGAAUGUGCUGACCACUUGUCAACCGUGUGGCUGUGUCUGAAAAUCAUUACAACUAUAUCUUUGGUCAUCUACCUGGUGACGUUUUGUGAGAGCCAGAACAAUUACAUGUUAUCCCAUUGAAAAGUGGAAGUUAAUGUCUAUCCUUCCACCUGUUGCCAUUCAUUCAGUAGAAUAAAUUCACAGCUUUCUUUGAGCAUACCAGCUAUGUGUUUAACUGAAUGGCCCCAAAUGUCACACUAUUUUGAUUUUUGAAUAAACUGCGACAAGAUCAUUUAUUUUUUUCGUGUUUGGUGGUGUGC